AUGCCGAGAUCAAGCCCGGCUCCUGACACGUUUCCUCCGGCAGGCCCGGGGGAGGGCCGCAGGGACGGCGCUGGGGUGGGCGGAUGGCUGGGGCCAUCCUGAGCCAGGGCCGAGCUCCGCCACAGCCGCCGGGGCAACCCGCGCCCCUCGGCCCACCGUCCGCUCCGCGCCGCCAGGAUGAGGCGGGCCGGGCCCUGGUGCCUGCUCCUGGCCGUGGCCUGCGCCCUGGGCCGGCCCCCGCAGCCGCGGGCCGCCGUGCGCUGCCAGGCCUCCGGCGCCUGCUUCAGCGCACACCUCGCCAACGGCUCCUACGCCGAGGCCCGUGGGGCCUGCGGCCGCCGUGGGGGCAGCCUGGCCUGGGUCAGCGGCGAGCCGGAGCUGCGGCUGCUGCUGGCGCUGUUGGCGGACGCGGCGGCGGGGCCUGCGCCCCUGCUCUUCUGGGUAGGGCUGAAACGGAACGUCUCCGCCUGCACCGACGCGGGGCACCCGCUCCGCGGCUUCUCCUGGGAGGGCGCCGGCGACGAGGCGGCCCCGCGGGAGGUGCCGGCUGCGCUGGGGCGGUGGGCGAAAGAGCCCGUGCGGUCCUGCCUGACUGUCCGCUGCGCCGGGCUGCAUCUCGCGGCGGCGGCGCCCGACGGCGACGGCCCCGGCGGGGGCUGGAUGGAGCGGGGCUGCCACCGGCAGAGCCAGGGCUACGUCUGCAAGUACCGGCACGAGGGCGCCUGCCCCGACCUCCGCAUCGCGGCCGCGCUCGACCUCGAGUACCGGCUCCCCUUCGAGGAAAGCAGCGCCGCCCCCGGCUUCAGCCCGCCGGGCACCGUGCUGACCGUGGCGUGCCCCGGUGGAGCGACGCGGCUCAGCUGCCGGCCCGAGUGGGGCGGCUUCGCCUGGACGGGCGCGGAGGAGCCCCUCUGCCCCUGUGGCUCCCGGGGCGCGGGCAGCGGGCGGUGCGCCCAGGCCGUCGGGUGCCGCGAUGCCGCCGGCGGCUUCGCCUGCGCCUGCACGGCGGGCGGCCGGGACUGGCUGCCCUGCGCGGGCACGGGGGCGACUCCCACCGCCGCGGGCGACCCCGCGGAGACGCCGGGUGCUGGAAAGGACGGACGAAGCCACCUCUCCGCCCCGGCACCCAAUGUCUUCGCGGGGCCGCCCUCCGCCACUGCUGGCGCCGCCGGAGGGGAGAAGACGGCCGCUCCGCCUCCCUCCUCCUCCUCCAACUACGUUUUUAUCCUGGUGACGAUCGCGGUGGUGGUGCUGGUCAUCCUGGUCCUUACCGUCCUUGGGGUCUUCAGGCUCUGCUUCAAAGAGAAAUCCGAGGGCCACGGGGACAAGGAGCCGCCAGAGGCCGGCAGCAAAGUGGAGACAGGCUCCGCCGAGGCGAGCGGAGCAGCGGGCAGUGACUAGCACCGCGGCGGCCGGGGCCCCGUGGCUCGGGGCUGCCCGGAGCGGCAGCUCCCACCCCGGGGAAGCGCUAGGCUCCCCACACCUCUAUCGCCCACGGCCUGCCUGCCGCGGAGAGCCGAGGAAGAGCCGCCGAGCUGAGCAGGACUUGCAGAUUGUCAGACAUGGGACCACGCAGCGAGCCUCUUUCCAUGGGGUUGAUGCCUUUGGACAGUUGAUAGUUUCUGUUGGUCUGAAAACCACCUAUUUAGGUGCUGACAUAAUGUAAAAUAUAGAUAUAAUGGCCUGUUUGACAGAGUGAUUGCUUAUCUGCAGCUGCAACAGUUGAAGAUUUUUAUCCUCUCAAAAACUGUUCUUCGGUGCCUUACUUGGAGCAUCUGUAAAGGGGACCACUUCGAGUGCGCACAUCUUGUGAUUUAAAAGUCAAUCCCUGUCUGAGUGGUACUUGGAGAUUCUUGUUUUCUUUCUAUUUGCUGGAACGUUUAGAGAGAUGAGCUGUCAUGAUUUUAGAGGAAACUGUGACCCACACUCUCUCAGACUGACAUGCUUAAAAAUGAAGAGCAUUCGUCUACAUAGAAAGUCAUUAAAUUCCCGAGGAAGUGGAAGGUUAAUGGGGAGUCAGUUUUAUACUUCAGCUGAUGAAAAG